GCUCCGCCGCCUCUUCUAGCUUCACGCGUUGAGAUCCCAAACCCUCUCUCUCGCGCGCGUCUCCACGCCCUAGGGUUUCGCCUCCGCAUCCGCCUCGCCGGGGAAUAGAUGCAGCCGCCGCACCAGCCGCCGAUGAAUGGGCAGCACGGCCCGCCUCCGACGCAGAGCUCCGUGGCACCGCCGCCUCCGCAGCAGCAGCAGGCGCCCCCGACGCCGUACUACCAGCAGCUGCCGCCGCCGCAGUACUACCAGCCGGGGGCUCCGCAGGCAUGGGGCCAGCAGCAGCAGUACGCGCCGCCACCGCAGCAGUACGCGCCUCCGCCGCAGCAGUACGCGCCUCCGCCGCAGCAGUACGCGCCGCCACCGCAGCAGUACGCGCCCCCACCACCUCAGCAGUACGCGCCCCCGCCGCAGCAGUACGCGCCUCCACCGCCUCAGCAAUACGCUCCUCCACCGCCUCAGCAGUACGCGCCGCCGCAGUACGGGACCGCGCCAGGGAGCGACGAGAUCAGGUCGCUGUGGAUUGGGGAUCUCCAGUACUGGAUGGAUGAGAGCUACCUCUACAACGCCUUUGCUCACGUGGCGCAGCAGAUUGCCUCCAUGAAAAUUAUCCGCAACAAGCAGAGUGGGCAUUCUGAAGGUUAUGGUUUUAUUGAGUUUCACUCUCGAGCUGCUGCAGAACAUACUCUGAUGAACUUCAAUGGGCGGAUGAUGCCUAAUGUUGACCAAGCUUUUAAGCUAAACUGGGCUUCUGCUAGCGCUGGUGAUAAACGUGGAGACAAUGGUUCUGAUCACACAAUAUUUGUUGGUGAUUUGGCUGCUGAUGUUACUGACUCCAUGUUGGAAGAGGUGUUCAAAGCUAGCUACCCUUCAGUUAGAGGAGCCAAAGUUGUCACCGAUAGGCUCACUGGAUGCUCCAAGGGAUAUGGUUUUGUGCGUUUUGGAGAUCUAAAUGAGCAGACACGUGCUAUGACUGAUAUGAAUGGGAUGAUGUUAUCUACAAGGCAAAUGAGGAUUGGACCUGCAGCUAACAAGAAGAGUAUGGAUGCUCAGCAGACAUAUGCAACUAACGGAGCAUACCAGAGCUCUCAUGGAAAUUAUUCGGAGAAUGAUCCCAACAAUACAACAGUCUUUGUGGGUGGGUUAGAUUCCAAUGUAAAUGAGGAGUAUCUAAGGCAAGUUUUUACUCCAUAUGGAGAAAUUGGCUAUGUGAAGAUUCCUGUAGGCAAACGUUGUGGAUUUGUCCAAUUUACCAGCAGGUCAUCUGCUGAGGAAGCUAUCCGAAUGCUGAAUGGGAGUCAGAUUGGUGGGCAGAGUGUUCGGCUUUCAUGGGGCCGUAGUCCUCAAAACAAACAGGCUCCACAGCAAGAUGCCAACCAGGUUAAUGGCAACAACUACUACGGAUACCAACAGGGUUAUGAAGGUUAUGGCUAUAGUGCACCCAGUGCACAAGAUCCAAGCAUGCAAAACUACUAUGGAUACCCUGGUAAUGGUUAUGAGCAGCAGCAGCAGCAGCAGCAGCAGCAGCCACCAGCACAAGAGCAGCAGCAGCCCCCUCAACAGCCUCCACAACAGUGAUUAGUGGUGAGGUGUUGAUUGCUUGUGCACUCUCGGAGCGAUAUCAAUUAGAAGUGACGUAGUAGAGCUACAUGAAUUGUGGUUGGACGUGUAAUCCUAUAGAGGUUCAGUAGGUGCAUGGACAACUCGUAUCUGUUACUUUGAAGGCACUCCUGAUGUUUCAAUUUGUGCGACAUUAAGAUCUUAAUUAUGUUAUGUUGUGUCUAUGAGAUCGAUGUUAUCAUUGGAUGGUCAGUCUGGCUCUUUCUUUUGAAAUUACCCUGAAGUAUUUGCUCUUA